UAGUUAUACGAUCGGUGUUGCUUUGCUGAUAAAAUUAAUUAAACAGAAAUUAUUUGUUGUUACCUGAAGCAAUUAAUUGCGCUGAAUAGAAGUAGAGUUAUAAUAGUCGAGCCCAUGGACCAAUACAGACGUAGAUUGAUGUUAUUGAUGCUCUGGUAUUUGUUAAGAAAGAGAAGACGUUCUUUUGAAUAUUCAUCAUCCGAAGAAGACACGGAGGAAGAAGAAACUGAGGCAGAAGUAACAGAAGAAGAAUCUGAAGAAAUAACAGAAGAAGAAUCUGAUGAAAUAACAGAAAAAGAAUUUGAAGAAAUAACAGAAGAAGAAACUGAAGUAACAGAAGAAGAUAAAUUAGAAGAACAGCCAAAAUUAAAAGGUGAAGAAGAGCAAACAAAUUCGAGAGACAAGAAAGAAAUGUACAGAAUUGAGCGGCGAGGAAGAAAACGAGCAAGAUUAGGAGGUGAGGAAGAAGAAAAUUAGGAGACGAGAAGUGAAAGAUAAGAAUAAGCAAAACUAGGAGCAAAGAGGCGAGAAGAAAAAAAGAAUGUCGAAUGUGAUUGUGUUGAGUGAUUCGGACGAGCCUGCGUCACCUAUUGCUGACGAAUAUAAUAAAAUUGAAUCGGAGAUUGACGGCAAGCAUUAUUUGGACGUUGCGAGUGACUUUGAUUUCCCAGAUGUGCCAUUCUGCUGUGAGGCUGUGGAAAACUCAACGCAAAGCAAUAGUGUUCCUGAUUCAAACGCUGACAAUGUCUAUAAACGCGUCGAGGGAUUAUCUUCCGACUCGGAACAGAUCGAAAUUGUCGAAAAGAGCUCGCGAAAGGCGACAGCUUCCAAGAAGAACAAGGCAACGUUGAGGGAGGAACGAUUAAGACGUCAGCAAGCUCUGUCGAGGGAAAAGGCUUUGAAAGCAAUCGAGAAGAAGACAUCAAAAGAUAUGAAACCUGGCGAGUGUAUUAAGUUCAUGGAAGUCAAUCUUGACCGAGGUAUCGACACGAUCGUUUCUCGACGAGAAAUUGAAAGCACAUUGCAAAAUGCUGAUAUUAAGUUUAACGUGACCACCGAGUUGAUUCCUAAUAGCAUUAUGUGGCGCAGGAACGUCGAGGAGGACUAUGUCGACGGAAAUAAUGAAAUACGUACGAGGAGAGAUGUACAGACGGAGAAAUACGCGAUUGUGAUUUGGAGCACUCAUGAGGCAGUGAGACAUGUAGCGGACGGCACUUUCUGUGUAUCCGUCACAAACAGUAAAGACUUAAUACCGGGUUACAAUAUGACUCUGAUCAUCUACGGCAUGGAGGAAUAUUUCGCGUGUCAGAAGAAACAGAAAUCUAAUCGGAAUUACAACAAUAAAGUAUCUAGGUGUAACGGCAAGGAUGGUAAUCGAUUUGACAUGCUACCGACCAUAUCGAGACAACAAUUGGAGAUGUGUCUGACAGAGAUUCAGAUAAUAGCCAAAUGCAGCUGCAAAUUAAUCGAAAACAUCCAGGAUUUAGCUAUGACGGUGUGUCAGUAUACAAAGUCCAUCUCGGAAAUACCAUACAAGUUGCAGAAGAGAGGGAACCAGGAGGGUAAAUUCGACUGGUACGUCAUGGGGGACAAUAAGAACACCGUACGCGUGGACAAGGAUGGUAAUGGGUUGAAGAGACUGUGGCAGCAGCAGCUAUGCCAGUUUAACUUGAGUAGCUUGGAAACUUCGGAGGCAAUAUGUAUGGUCUAUCCUAGUCCAAUGCAACUUGUCAAGGCUUAUAGAAACUGCACACCUGAUGAAGGCAUGAAUCUAUUAAAAGAUAUAUCAAUAAGGAGAGCAGCUGGACCUCUCACAACUGCACGUAAAAUUGGCCCUGAAUUAAGUAAAAAAGUUUAUGUAAUGUUUACAUCGCAAAACGGGGAUGCUUUAUUAGGGACUGAGGUAUAAAUAACUGCAAACUUUAUAUGUAAUUUCGUCAAUUUCGUUUAUUCUUCACGUUCAGUUUAUAAUACAAACGUGUAUGUAAUAAGUGUAUAAUCCUAGCGCUCAUUUGCUUUGAGAUAUAUACUUUAAAUGUUUCAUCGGUAGAUUAAAACUAUUUUUUAAUAAUACUU